AUGUUUAAAUUACUAAUACUAACAAUUUUUUGCUACCUAAUAACCAAAAGCGAGCUAAACAACGUAACGAAAUGCUUCAGACGAGCAUUUGAUUGCUACAGUAAUGCCGUCUGUUCGUGCAAAUCGCCAUCGUUCAUUUACACGUCUUCCAAUUAUGGAAACUAUUAUAACGGAUACUUACUCAGCCUGACCGGAUGUUCUAAACAUUGCCAGAGUUUCUCCGACUGUUAUGCUUUUAACUAUUUGCAUCUUACUAGUAGCUGCCAGUUCUAUUCCGUUGCUAAUAGCCUGAGCUCUUCUUGUUUCAUGGUUGAUCCUAAGUGUGAUCAUUAUUUUCUGAGCGAUUUGAGUUACAACCUCAGAGUGUCCUCUCCAAACGGUCUCGAAAUAUACACAGAUGGGUCAUUGCUGGCCUCAUACAGUAGCGUAACUCCCAACCUCAAUCUCCAGGUUAAUGUCUCCAUGGUCACUAGUGUACUGGCCAUUAAAGGGUGGAGCUCUGAUUUGUCUGGAACAGCUGCAUUAAUUGCUGUUAUCACUCUCCACAUAAAACUUCAAAUAUUCCAACUGGAAAAAGCAUUCGUCUACGCUUCAUCUGGCGACAACCGCAUUUUAACCGAUAGCUCGUGGAAGUGUAACAACAACUACACUCUUGAAUGGACGAGUCUACUUUUUGACGAUUCAAGUUGGAGGGGGGGACAGGAUCAAUCGCAAAAUCCAAAUCGUCUGGUUUAUGAGGAGCCCUCGAAAGUUUUCUCCACUGAUAUUUACUGCAGGAAAAAAUUAGUGCCUUACGGUAGCUCUCAAACUUGCGCAAAAUAA